CGUGACGGCUCACUUAACUGCUUACUUCCUCCUUUCCUGGCCCCUGAAGGCUUAGCGAUAAAAGAGCGCACACUUCAGUACCUGGAACCCAGCUUUUACAGCUCCGCUCCGCAAGUCAGUUCAUUGGCGAAGUCGAGCGUUAGCCAUCCGACAGCAGCGAACAUGUCGUUCAAGGUGCGACCGGCGCGACGAGAAGACGCGGAGAGCAUCCUGACCAUGAUGCGCGAGCUCAACGACUUCCAGGAGCUUCCGCCGGCCAUGAUCACGCUGGACGGGAUCCGGCGGGAUCUCUUCGACAGCGAGCGCCCGUUCGCCAGGGUCAACCUCGCCGUCUCGCCUUCGCCGGACGGCGGCGAAGUCGUCGUGGGCCAAGUGGUCUACUUCGUCAUAUUCGACGCCGUGACGUUGCAGAAGCUGGCCUACAUCGAGGACAUCUACGUGCGCCCCGAGCACCGCUGCAGGGGCGUUGGCGUCGCACUGUGGAAGUCGGUGGCCGAGCAUGGACUGCUUCGCGGCUGCGACGGCUUGCGUCUCGAGGUGCUCAGUACGAACAAGGAGGCCGUGGAUUUCUACGCGAAGCGAGGCGCCAGGGAUCUCGGCCCUGUGUACGGUUUCCAGCAUUUCAAGGUCGUCUGGGAUGCCUCCGAUGGAGUAUUAAAGGCGUGACAGUACACACACUCAGGACAGCGGCUGUGCAGUCGCACUCAAGGCCGCGCUGCGUGCGUGCAGAAUCAAGACGUGUCCCACUAAACAGUGUUGUACCAAACAAACCUCAAGGCCUAUAGCUGUGCAAUAACGCGUCCUUCGUCAACUCUCUGUCAUGCCAAACUAAAGAUCGUUUCCUGUAAGCAGUAUCGCGCCAGGACUCAAGACCUGUACCUGAAGAGCACGUCGUGCCUGAAGACGGCUCUGAAAACUCAUGACCGUCUCUCUAAAGAGUAUGGUACGUACCUAGGCAGAAGAUCCGUACCUGAGUAAUGCAUCGGGGCGUAAGUCAGUACCAUAACCAGACCGCGUGAUGCAGUCGCCUCAAGACCAUAUUUCUCUAAACGUUACUGUAUGGCAAUAGCUCCAGACGUGUACCUGAAGACCGCACCGUGCCUCGAAAUUGUACCGCAGCCGGAUCCAAGAACCUCUUAUAUAUAAAGACUGAGAACGAGACCACAAACUACAGAGCAUAGAACAUAUGCAUAAGCACAUAUAUAGAGCGUGUCCAUAUAUAGUGAAGAAAAAUGGAAAGUCAUGCCGCAUGCACUUUAGCCCGAAAGUAGGGUCCGCUAGGGUGAAUUAUGUUAAUUCGCGAAUGCAUAUAAAAUAAAAUGGAAUGAAACGUUCCGUCUUUUUUUCUGCUUUA